UUAGCUGGUCCGUCGGUGGAAUUGGUCCGUAAGCCAAUGCCGGAGGAGGAGAAGAGGGGGGUUAUGGCUACAAUGAUUGAGGAAAAUGGUCCUUCGACUCAUGAGCAGUCUGAAGUGUCCUUAUCAUCUCAGGCAAGGCAGAAGCUGGAGGGGCUCCUGAACAAGAACAUGAGGAUCCGCAUGACAGACGGACGGACUCUGGUGGGGCUUUUCCUCUGCACUGACCGGGACUGCAAUGUCAUCCUCGGCUCAGCUCAGGAAUUCCUCAAAUCCACAGACACAUUCUCCCAGAGUGAACCCAGAGUCCUGGGCCUGGCCAUGAUUCCCGGUCACCACGUUGUGUCCAUCGAGGUGGAGACAGACAGUCUGGAUGACACACAGGGAUUCGGCGCUAAUCACUGACGAAGCGCCCUCUGUUUUCAGAUUCGCAUUCGGCAUUCAUGUGACUGACUCCUGCUGAGCCAGAUGCAAGACUGUGGUUGAUCCAAAAGGAGAACAGACGUCUUCGAUCGCUCAGACUCUUUGGACGCAGAACGUCUGCAUCCGAUGUCCUGGAUUUAGUCAAUCCCGCCAUGACAGACAGACGAGAGUGCGUUUGCAGCGACUGCUGUACACUACAGCGAGUGUAGAAGGGGUGUGAGUGUGUAUGAAAAGGCGUGGGUAAACACGAGCUACGUGGAUGUGUGUUUCAGUGUCUGCAGUACCUUUGUUACAGUGCGUUUUAAAAUAAAUCAUCCUAUUUGAGGCUUUU